AUGGCGGACCAGGCGGACCUCGGCCGAGUGCUCAGUGUCCUUCGCGAGUGGGACCGUGGCGACGGGACGGUCCGCAGCCGCAUGUUGAGCACCUUCCUGACUCGAAGCGCAGGGAGGACGGUUCACGAGCUGGAGCUGGAGUUUGCGCAGGUGGCCAGCCUCUUCCUGGCUCGACUCACCACCUGGAUGAGGCUCACAUACAUGUUUGGGACGUACUUGGGAAUGCAGCUUAAAGCGAUUGGGAUUUUCCUCUCUGCAUCAAGCCAUGAUCAGUACCUGAUGGAGUUCCUGGAGGAUGGAGGUGUUCUCACUCUCCUGGACAUCUUGGGCCGCUCUCAGAGCAAAGAGGAGGAGAAGACAGAGGCCCUUCGUCUUCUGCUCGUCGUCUCAAAUGCUGGUCGCAAAUACAAAGAGAUUAUCUGUGAAAGCCACGGUGUGAAAGCCGUAGCCGAGUGCCUCUCUAGGUCAAACACAGAUGAAGCCCAAGAGACGGCCUGGGCCCUCCUGGAGUCCAUCUCCCACGGAAACCCCAAAUAUCAAAACCAAAUCUACAAAGGUCUGAUUGCGCUCAUGACUUGCACCUCCCUCAAGGCCCAGCAGCUGGCCCUGCACACUUUACAUACUGUCCAGUCCAAAAUGGAAACAGCCCAUCACAGCAUUGUAGAACCUCUGCUGGAUAUGCUCAGGUCCCUGCACCUGGAGGUUCAGGACGGAGCUAUAAAUCUGAUUUUAGACCUGAGGUGUUAUGAUGUGAGGCCGCUGCUGCUCAAUGGACUGGUGGCUCUGCUGAGGCCCAAAGAAGAAGUGCAGCACCACAUGCAUGUGGAAGAAUCUGAGAUGAUCAAGAUGACUGGAUCUCUGCCUGUGUUCGUGCAACAAGCCGCUGCAGCUAAAACUAUACGCUUGCUGGCCAAAGACAGUCAAGAGGUUUCUCAUGAGCUUCUCUCUCUCGGAGUGAUCCAACAUCUUCUGUACGCGAUGGGCAACAGAGAACACGCUGAUGCCCAAAUACAAGCCAGUCUGGCCUUGGAGCACUUUGUCCGCUCACACCCGGCUAUUGAGGAGCAUGUGCAGAAAGGCAUCGGCAGCACACUGUUUGCAGCCUUUAUGCACCGAGCUGAAACUGUGUACAUGAAUAUGGAUGAAACCCAAGCAGAGAUCCUGCUCACUAACAAGGUUUACAUAACUGAAGGAUAUGACGCACAACGUACUUCCGCUCUUUCCUCGCAGCGGAUUGGACGAGCGGCAGUCGCCCGUCAUCGAACGUGGCGGGACCCGAAAUGAAUCCGUGAAGUAAACAAG